AUGAGUGAAGAUAAAGAAGUUGAAGAAGAGAAGGUUGAUGAGAAAGAGAGAAGUAUGGAGAAAAAGAAGUCUAAGGAUGUGGUGACAUCCUCAACUUCUAGUGAGGCUAGAAAUCUUGAUGGACUAGUUCCUUUUCCCGGUCGGCUUGCGGAGAGAAAAUUGAAUGACAAAUUUGCAAAGUUUCUAAGUGUGAUGAAAAACUUACACAUUAACCUCCCUUUCAUUGAGGUUGUCACACAAAUGCCUUCAUACUCCAAGUUCUUGAAAGACAUUCUCACCAAGAGGAGGAAGCUUAAUGAUGAGCUUAUCACUCUUCCACAUCAAGUGAGUGCACUUGUUCAACACAAAAUGCCGGUUAAGAUUGGGAACAUGGAAGCUAGGGGUGCCUUAGCCGACCUUGGAGCAAGUGUUAGUUUGAUCCCUCUAUCCAUUGCUCAAAAGCUUAACAUUGAGAUGAUCCCUACAAGGAAAACAUUCCAAUUGGCCGAUCGUUCGGUGAAGCUACCUUGUGGUGAGCUUGAAUAUGUCCCUAUUCAAGUUGGGCAUAUCUAUGUGCCUUGUGACUUUGUAGUAAUGGAUAUGGAAGAAAAUUUGGAUACACCUUUGAUUUUGGGUCGUGAAGCUCUUAAGACCUUGGGGGCGUGCUAUAGAGUUGAUGUCGUGAAUGAAGAACUAUAUUGUUUGGGAAGGGUCAUGAUGAGUCCUCAAGAUCCAAUGGUUGAAGCUCUCACAUGCGAAGAAGAGUACUUCUCUCAAGAAGAAAAGGAGUUUUCCAUGGCCAUUGAAGAAGCCAAAGAGGAUGAAGCGAGUGAUUCUAAGCAUGAGGAGCUAUAA